AUGGUUAAAAGCAAGGAUACUGUCAUUGACGAGUUCAAUGAGCUGGUCAAUAUGACCCCCAAUGAGCUCCGCGACUGGCUCCAAGAAGAACAGUCCCAAUCAUCCGGCUGGAGCAAUAAUGAGUCAGGCGAGAGCAUCGGGCAUGAGAGUGGUCGAAAGAUUGUCGAAAUUCUAGAGGGAAAUCCUUCCAAGGAUGCGUCCAAGUACUCCGACCAGGACAUUGAUCAUAUGCGCAAGGUGGUCUCGUACUGUAAGCGGCAUCUGGCCCAGGAGGAGACAGCAAAGCAGAACACAGACAGUAAGAGUUACCGGUCUCUGAAAAAUUGGGGUCAUGAUGCGCUGAAGGAGUGA